AUGAUUCCCCCUUUGCGAUUUCCCUUUGGUGCAGUUGAGCAGCGAGACCCUGAGGCAUGCCUUCGACCAACUGAAUCUGCCGGCCACCCCAAAAGCGCCAUUGCUCCCCCUUCCAAUGAUCAAAAGAAUUGGUUCUACUGGGACUUGGUAAUGCUCUUUCUGAUGAUGAGCAAUCUUGUCAUCCUGCCGUGGUGCAUCACCUUCUUUGAGGAUCAGAACACACUGCCAUGGAUCAUGUUCAACAUGGCCUCAGAUACACUGUUCCUGACUGACCUAAUCCUGAACUUCCGCACAGGAAUCCUGGAGGACGAUAACUCCCAUAUCAUCUUAGACCCACAGGUGAUUCGACGCCGAUACCUGCAGGGCUGGUUCCUUGUGGAUUUCAUCUCUUCCAUCCCAGUGGAUUAUAUUUUCCUAGCUGUGGAUCUGGAGGCUCGGCUCGAGUCAGCGGAAGUGUAUCGCACCGCUAGAGCAUUAAGAAUUGUCCGUUUCACUAAGAUCCUCAGUCUGCUUAGGUUACUACGUCUGUCCAGGCUUAUCCGCUACAUUCACCAGUGGGAAGAGAUCUUUCACAUGACAUAUGACCUGGCAAGUGCCGUGGUUCGAAUAGUCAACUUGAUUGGGAUGAUGCUUCUACUGUGUCACUGGGAUGGCUGUCUUCAGUUCAUGGUGCCCAUGCUUCAGGAUUUCCCCCAGGACUGCUGGGUCUCCAAAAUCAACAUGGUGAAUGCCACUUGGGAGGAACAGUACUCAUACGCUCUCUUCAUGGCCAUGAGCCAUAUGCUGUGCAUUGGAUACGGUGCCCAAGCUCCUGAGAGAAUGACUGACGUCUGGCUCACUAUGAUGAGCAUGAUUGUAGGUGCCACUUGUUAUGCCAUGUUCCUGGGCCAUGCGACCAACCUGGUGCAGUCACUGGACGCCUCCCAUCGCCAGUACCAGGAAAAGUAUAAGCAAGUGGAGCAAUACAUGUCCUUCCAUAAGUUGCCUGCUGAAUUGCGACAAAGAAUUCAUGACUAUUACGAGCACCGUUUCCAGGGGAAGAUGUUUGAUGAGGACAGCAUUCUGGGAGAACUCAAUGACCCGCUUAAAGAGGAGAUAGUGAGCUACAAUUGCCGUGAACUGGUAGCAAACAUGCCGCUGUUUGGCAACGGUGAUCCACACUUUGUCACUGUGCUCCUGACUAAGUUGCGGUUCGAGGUUUUCUUGCCAGGUGAUGUCAUUAUUCGCGAGGGCACACUGGGCCGUAAAAUGUACUUCAUCCAGCAUGGCUGUGUCACUGUCAUCACCCGUAACAAGAAGGAAAAGAAGCUCACCGAUGGCUGCUACUUCGGGGAGAUUUGUUUGCUGACCAGUGGGCGUCGUACUGCCAGCGUGCAAGCCGACACCUACUGCAGACUCUAUUCUCUCAGUGUGGACAGCUUUAACGAGGUGUUGGAAGAGCACCCCAUCAUGAGGAGGGCCUUUGAGACUGUCGCAAUAGACCACCUUGACCACGUAGAGAACAAUACUGCAUAUAAAGCCACGCCUUCAGGAGCAGCCACAAAGGAACAGACGAAAGAGAAAACAGACAGUGACAUAUUAUAACAUCUUGUUAAUUAUUCCUUUUUGUCAUCCACCAUAUUGAGUGUCGUCACCAUCAUUGGACACCAGUAUAUGAGCCAAAACGGACUUGUUCCAGGGAUCAGCUGCCUAAAGGACUGGUUUAGCCGAUUAGGACAUUUUUUUAAAACCCUGGUAUCAAAAUGCAUCCAUUAUGUGCAUACAGUAGUCAGAUAGCAAGUGCGUUUAUUGCUGGCAUUUAAUCUGAUGCACAUAGGCUGUUUCAGAUGCAGUUAGUAAUUAAAUUACACUUUACCGUUUCAUUAUGCAAACAAACACUAACAUAAGUGUUACACAGUAUUAACCUUCCAAAUUUACAGCCAGGUGAACAUUUGAAGGAGUAGGUUGAUGGAACUCGCCCACUGAAUAUAGUCAGGCUGGAUCACUUGCACAAUUUAAGCCAUUUUAAAGGUCGUUAUCCAGAUUGAGUCACAUUCUAAACUCAUCUGCCUGCAUUGAAAUUGGCACUAGUGUGUGUCUAACAUCCUCUAGGAAUAUUAUGGGUACAAACAUAUUAUUAAUUCCUGGUUUUAAAUGGCUCUGACUGUCCUGGAGAGCUUACUGGCAAGUAUUACACAAGGUGAUUCAUCUACUUAGAGUGAUUAAACCUAUCUUACCUAAGAAAUGGACACAGGGACUUGUCAGGGUCAGGCAUGUCUAAAUGUAAUGGAGGAUUAAAAACAUGGUUGACAAAGGCACUAGGUUUUUUUAUUGAUGGCAAAAAUAACUUUGGCAACAUAUGGGCUGUAAGAUCGAUUGUGUUUAAAUAGUCUCAAAUGAUCUGCUUUGGGUUGAUUUUCUAAUAUGAUCAGUGUUACAGAAUCACUGAUGGGAUGUUAGAAUUUUUUUUUCGUCUUCUGUAUUUUACUGCUGAGCAAAAAUGCUUCAGUGCCAAAAGGCCUGCUAGCUGGCCAGGUUUUCAGUAAACCCUCUACAUGAAGCCGUCGAACAAGCGUACAUGCUCUAGAAGAUACACCCUCCUUACUGAGAGUCAAGAUGUACAUUUUGUGUGUCCUGAAUGAAGCAAUGAGGCAUAAAAUGUGGUAUCCAUUGCAUCGCACUGUUGAAAGACACAAGGGCAAUUCCAUGCAAAUGCCAACAUUACCGUGGAAAAAUAAAGUUGUGAGCACAGGAACAAAAAAUUUUCACUCAUGUCUUUCACCCCGUUUCACUGGAUUUAACUUUUCUAGUCGAAUGAUCAAGAAAAUUGCAUUGUUUAUACAUCAGAUGUAUGGAGUACUGGUUCCGACAUGUCACAUCCAUAAUGCAGGU